UGCAUUAGGCACCUGCAUAUCUCUACCCUUUGGGUUUGCCGCCGGUACAUUAUAAUCUUGUGGUUUGUGCCCUUGCUCCUUCAAGUCUCCACUCUUUCUUUCUUUUUUUUUCUUUUUUUUCUUCUUUCCCUCUUUCCACGCUGUCACUUGAGUUUCAAGAGGUGGGAAAAAAGGGAGACCUACGCACAGCGAAAAAGAAAGCAAAAGGAAGAGGCAUAGGGAGGGAGAUGGGGAGAGAAAAGUCAUUAGUCCCGAAUAGCAAACUCACCGAGAAAUUUUUCUUAUCUGGGACAGAAAGUCGCUGGGUUGUGCUAUACCCCAAUUCAUUCCGCCUGCUGAGUCACGUACCAUUCUCGCGUCACGUACCCAACGCCUCAACCCCUUUUCAGCAUCGUUAUCGCCAGAAUUCCUCGACUCAACGCCCUCGAUCACGCGUUUUCCACGCGAUACUAGAUCCAGGCCCCCUUUGUCUUCGGUUCUGUGAAAUUUUUGGCGCGGAAAAGUCAUGAUUUCGACGCGUUUGCCCCCGUUAAAGAUCCACCGAGAUGCGCUCGGACCCUCCUCAGAACCCGGCUCGGCGUCGACCCCAACCUUCCCCCCCUCGUCAGCUUCCUCUAACCCCUUACAACUCACCAACGGCAACUUGCAGCCCAUAAUGUUCCGUCCUCCCAUCGUCGGCCCUUCAUCAUCCCCUUCUAAAAAGAAGCUUCACUCCAGGCAGAACCAGGCCCUCAAUCAUCCAAAGCACUCGAGUCGUAUCCCUUUGCCCAAGCGUGUGCUUCAGAAUACCUUUGACCGGAUAUCGAUGCCUCCACCGGAGCCCGACGCGUUCCCCACUGAUUCCCCGUUGAAAAAACCCCCAGUCUCUGUAUUCAAUACCUCGCUCGCCCCGAUGCCCGAAAAAACCCAGGCUGCCCUCUUCACCAGUUUCUCGUUCUCCAAGGCGAGCUUCGGAAAGGAGAAUGUGUCGCCUGAGCCUAGAUCCUCCGAUGACCACCAUGGUGGAAAGCCGUUAACGGGUCUGAAGGCGGCUCCUCGACGGGCAUUGAUGGAGGCAGCGCCUAUCAAGGAGAAGAAGGUCCUGCGGGAGAAGAAUAUCUCACAGAACGCGUCUUCUUCACCACCAAAGGAUGAGCCACUCGCCUGGGAACCUCCGGUUAUCGUGGAUGAUGGAAGGAAGCCACCAUACAGCUACGCCACCCUCAUCGGCAUGGCCAUCCUCCGAGCCCCUUCGCAACGAUUAACCCUCGCCCAGAUAUAUAAGUGGAUUGCGGACACAUUCCUAUACUACCGGACGUCGAAUAAUGGCUGGCAGAAUAGCAUUAGACACAACCUGUCUCUCAACAAGGCAUUCGUCAAGCAGGAGCGUCCUAAAGAUGAUCCGGGAAAGGGAAAUUAUUGGGUUGUUGGAAGUGGUUUCGAGCAUCAGUUUAUGAAGAACAAAAAUUCACGCAAGUCCGGAUCGCACUCCAAGAAGAGUUCGGCUGCGUCAAAGGCCUUGAUGUUGGAAGAGAUGGAAAACUUGUCGCACCCUGAACCUAUAGUCGAGAUACAUGUUGAGCAUGCCGAUUCCGCUGAGCACGCUGAUAGUACGGAUACUAUUGAAGACAAGGAAGCGGCAUUGGAGGAAUUAUUGACAUUGUCGUCCGAUGCAACUAGAAGUGCUAGUCCUGAACCACGACGAAUGCCGGAUGAUGAUGACGACGUGUUUCGACCAUCUUCUCCCCACGGCAAUGCUGCCACGCGAUCAUCUCCACCACCCCCUAUCAUGUGCUCUUCACCACCCGUCACCCGCAGCCAGAUCCAACCACGUCGUGACUCGACCCCCCCGCCCAUGUUCCCCUCUGCGGGCCGAAAGCGGAAGGCACCUCCCAUGGGAGAUAGUGGCUACUUUUCAUCGCUGGAAUCAUCGGUUGUUAGGCCAACCAUUGAGGAAGAUAGACCCAGAAUCAAGCGGGGCAGGGCUGAGGAGGAUAUCGCCCGUAUCAGGCAUUCUUCGCACGAAAGCCCCACCCGUAGGAAUACCAUUGGAGGGGGAAUGAGUUUCCUGACCUCAUCACCGAUUCGGAAUUACGACAACAACCCAAUGCUUCCACCUCUGACCCCGGCCACCAUGCUUCGCCCACGUAAUCCACCAAUGUCAGUUAGUCCGGCAACCAGUCUCCGAAUUCACCGCGACCGUGUUAGACAGCUCGUGAAGUCACCAUCCCGGGACAUUGGCGUCCUGGAGGAUAAUCCCUGGGGCACCACCUUUGCGGAGCUCACGUCCGGCGGCUCCGGUAUGGACAACAACGACAGCAGUGCACAGGACGACAUCGAAACCAUCGUUUCGAGAGCGUGCUUCGGAUCUCCCGACAAGCGAGCGGACAAGAGGCGGGAAGUGCGGAGGAGUUACGACGGCGGAUUACGCUCCGCGGAUCUCCUCGGCGACGGUUUCCUCGAGCCCCCGGACGUCUUCGGCGUGGACGUUUUCGGCGUCAUGAAGAGUGGCUAUGAGAAGUUUACUACUGACGGAUUUGGAUCACCAUCGGCGCCCGGGAGACCGGACUUGGGGAGGAGUCAUACUACGGACUUUUGAUAACGUUAUAACCUUUUUUUUUUUUGGUUGAAAAGUAGUUGACAUGCGUUUAUGACCGAAACGAUGGAAUGUCUUUUCUUUUUGGAGUGGGCCUUUGGGGACAAAAGUAACACGGAGCGAUUCCUUCAUUGUCUUUUUUUUAUUUUAUUUUAACUUUUUAUUAUCCCUAUUACUUGUUCCCCCUUAUUCUUUCCAUCUACCUUAUCUACUCUUGUUCCUCAUUCAGCCUGCCUCGUUCCAUUCCAUCUUAUAACGACCCUGACGGCGCCAUGACCAACAGCGGAAGGUUAAGAGGGCAUCAUUAUCAUAUAUCUAUUCAGGCGUGCGUUUUCCCAUUUCUUUCUUCUCUUUCCUCUUCCCCCCUUCAAUUUCUCCUCAAGGGAGGGAGGGGAAGGAGAGUUCUUUGUUUUUCUUCCUUUUUUUUUUCCUUUUUGUUUCAUUUCGUCGUUUAACAAAUCCCGGGGUUCUUGGGUCUGGUGGGGGUGUUUUUUUUGUUGUUUUUUCCCUCCUAUCAACCUGUCUGUGUUUCUUGGACCUUGUGGUGCUCGUUCCAAAAAUUGUUCUUGUCUAUUUGUCUGUCUGGGUGGCUCUCUGUUCAUAUCAUUAUUAUCACUGUUCUAUCUUAUCCUAUUUCACU